AUCAACAACCACCUCAACGGCGGAGGCGCACCAGCCGCGCAAGCGCUCGAGCACGUGCUCAGCGAAUGUCCGCGUGUGAUCACAGACACAGAUCUGCAGUUGACGGAGGCCGUGCUGUGCUUUGUUACGCGCGUGGUCACCGCACGCCCUGAACUGGCGCAGAAAAUGGCGACGCGGAUUCCGACGCAGGAUGAGGAGGGCGAGGGUGUGGGCACAGGUGAUGGGUCUAUCCUAGUUGCGUGUGUGCGCCUGUUGUCGUCUCCUCUACUGCAAGGAGGGGCGCUCAACGCUGCGCUGAGCUUCAUUGCUCUGAUGGUGCGAACUCCUACGGCUGCGGUGCAGUUUGAGGCAUUCUACACAUCACUGUCUGCGCAGGUACUGGCUACCAACGAUACACGACACGCAGGUGUGUGUGACAAUACUUAA